UGUCGGAAAACAACCCGUGAGUGCAGACGGCAAAAUUCGGGCGAAAGUGUUUCAAUGUUCAUGUACCGAUUGUUCUGAGCCAAUGAAAAUAUAACCUAAUGUUCGCUCAUGCACAAGCCAUGUGAUGCGAGAGAUAUACAGUAUUAAAAGUUCAAUAAGAAGGCGGCAACGACAGAUUAAAGGGCUUUUCAUGUGAUUUGUUUUGAGCUACUAACGCGCCAGUGACUAUAACAGUGGGAACAGCCUCGACGUGAGCAGCUAGUCUAUGCGAAUGAGAGUAAAGCUGAAGAAUGUUCUUAUUGUGACAAGCGUCCUCUGUUUCACUCCUCUGCUUUGGCUCUCACUUUUUGCACAAAAUGAGCACAACCAGUAUGAAGAGCUGCUAGAAAAGCGUUUCGCUGACCUGAGGGAUAGGCUUCAAUAUGCCGAAUCUUUGAACAGGCAGCGAGAAAAUGACCUUUACGUCCUCAGAACACAAUUUAACUACCUCCUUGAGGCUGUCUCCCACAACAAUGGCACAAAUAACCGGUCUGCAAUGGGAGGUCUUCCACACAACGUCAAUGAUUACUUGAGAAACUUAAGUGGUAUUGGUCCCGGACAAGACAGCAUCCACUUGCCUAGUAUCUUCACAUAUCUUCCAUACCUGGUGGGUCGACCAGAGCGCAUGCGGCCAGCCUAUCGUCUCACACAGGGGAGACAUGGAGUUUCCAUAGUGAUAGGUGUUCCUACAAUCAAACGUGACAAGGUUACCUACCUCACACAGACAUUGCGGUCCCUUGUGAAUGAACUGAACCCUGAGGAGAAGGAUGACUGCCUCAUCAUUGUCUUCAUAGCAGAGCCUUGGGACACAACAUUCGUUGAGAGAGUUGCUGGUGAAAUCCGUGAGCAAUUUCCAGAAUAUCUAGACAGUGGUUUGUUGGAAGUCAUUGCGCCACCUUCAGGGUUCUACCCAGAUCUGGAUCACUUAAAAGAAACAUUUGGUGAUUCCAAAGAAAGAAUCAGAUGGAGAACAAAGCAGAACCUGGACUACUCCUUCCUGAUGCUGUAUGCCCGAAGCAGGGGAGUCUACUAUGUGCAGCUGGAGGAUGAUGUUAUGGCAAAACCGGGGUACCUGUCAAUUAUGAAGUCAUUUGCAUAUCAGCAGAAAACAGAUGACUGGCUACUUUUAGAGUUCUCUGCCCUUGGAUUCAUUGGGAAAAUGUUCAAGUCAGCUGACAUCCCACUGGUGGUUGAGUUCUUUCUGAUGUUCUAUGCUGAGAAGCCCAUUGACUGGCUUCUAGACCACCUUCUACAGGUCAAAGUGUGCAGCCCUGAAAAGGAUCAUAAACACUGUAACAGAAUGAAGCUUCAAGUGAGACGUAGAUUCAAACCGUCUCUAUUCCAGCAUGUGGGUCUCACUUCAUCUCUCAAGGGAAAGGUGCAGAAACUGAAGGACAAGGACUUUGGCAAGCAAGGUUUGUACCGUGCCCAUGUGAAUCCUGCUGCCACCCUUGGUUCCUCCCUGAAGACCUACCAGAAGUAUACCCUUGUGAAGGCCUACAUUGGGGAAACCUUUUACUGGGCCACAAGUCCCUCAGAAGGCGAUGUCAUAGAUGUCAAGCUCAAUCCUCCAAUCCUGCUUGAAAAGUUUCUCUUCCGAACCGGUAACACUGACCACACUGAUGACCGGGUUUACGAUGGCACAAUUGAAGUUCUUCCAGAAACUCCACCAGAUGAAACAGUUCACCUGCCAAAGCUGGACUUUGCACCAGGGGAAAAGCAAACCAAAGAGGAAGGUUACUACAUACUUGGCGUUUUUGAUGACCAAGGUAUAUGUGAGGGAGAUGUCCCAGAAGAUCUCGGAAAGAUAGCAGUAUUACGUAUUCACUUCCAGUCGGACAGUAAUCAUUGGCUUGUUAUUAGUGAGAUUCAUGUGAAGGAGAGGAAGCAAAUAUAAAGUUCAUAAAGUGGAUCUGAAAGAUGUGUAACCAGUCGCCAACAUUGCUGUAGAUCUACACCAUCAAAUCACUUAUAACAACCAAUGGGAAGCACCUAUGACCCAUUCUUAGGGAAACAGCCAUAGUAUUAGUGCAUUUCUAUUCAAGUGUGAUAAUCUUGUUGUUUUUCAGUUUGGCAACAGUAAGUCAAUACCAUGCCAAACAUUGCACGAAACCAGAGAACUUAACCAGUUGUGUGAUAUGUGCAUUUGCAGCUUGCCUGUUUCCAUGGUUACCUUUCUGAGUGGCAUGUAGAUAUACACAUUGUGCACAUUGCAGAGAUGUUAGGAAUAAAAUAUGUUUCUAGGUUGAACAAUUUUGGAAAUUCUAAGAAAAAGGUUAGCUUCACCGUAACAUGAAUACAUGACUCUUUUUAUGGAUAGCGAUAUAAGUUGUAGUAGGAUCACGAGAGGUACAUUGGGUUUUAUGCAUACCGUGUUAGGUUUUAAACAAUGAGCCAGAGGCGAGUGGUAUAAAACCCAUGUACCACGAGUGAUCCUGCUGCAACGAAUUUAUCUUACCGUCAAGUUUUAAUAUGAUGUAAAAGAAUUUAAAUAAAUUCCAAAUUGAUAGAAAACAGCUGCUAGAUUGAGCUGAGGUUAGCUUGCGCUAUGUCACACGACAUCCAUUGGCUCGGAAAAAGUGUGCGGCUUUUUACUUUGAAGCGAGGUAUAAAGGAUUUAUUCUGUCUCUCAGAAAUGCAUGUGGUGGUGUAUAAGAGAUUUAUUCCCCCGCUGAGAAAUUUAUUACCCUCCAAGGUCACGUUGAUCAAUUAGAUCUCAUCUUUCUGACAUGGAGGUAUGAUAACUUCUUUUAUUCUAUGUAUGACAUUUCAGAGCUACUUCAUCAGGUGAUGAAGGAGCAAGAAGUAGCUCUGAAACAUCGUACACAGAAUAAAAGAAGUUGCCAUCCGUAAAAAGUGUCAUGUGUUCAUGUUCUCCCAACUUCUAAAUGACUAUCGAAGACUUCCAUAUAUAUCAUGUAUAAUGUAUAUCAUUGAACCUUUUCAUGACAGAGAAAAAGAGAAAUGGCACAGGCAGUUGCUAAUGUUUCUUUUUUUGAUACAAAAGACAAGUGCUGGUAAUAUUGCAAAACAACAAUGUAUUAAAGUUGUUAUAACAUUUACUACUGAUUUGAAAACACGCGUGUAUAUAUGCUAUUCAAAAGAAAAUGAGAAAAUUUGCUUUCCAGUUUUCAUGUCAGAGUUUGAGCGCGACUUUCGAGGAUGUCAGGAAGGCUGAGAUUAGGGCUGGGACAUGUCCAAAUUUACUACCCGGGUACCCACCCCCUAUUACCCGACCCUACAUGGGUCUCAAGAAAUGGGUACAAACUGUCUGAUGGAAAAGUUUGACAUUAGCCAUGGCAAAAUGUAUUUAGAUACACAUUUAAAACAAUCUGGUCAUACAUACACAGUCAAAAAGAAAUGCAAACAUUAGUGACUUGUAAUGUAAACAUAGAGUCAUUAAACAAUAUAUCCCGUGACUAACCACAGGUCCGGGUAGUCCUGUGGGUACCCGGGUCCUUCUCAGUACCCACCCGACCCGACCCGACCCGACCCGACCCGUCCCAGCCCUAGUUGAGAUGACAAUGUAUGACUAACAUUAUGUGCCAGUUAAUUAGGGGUGUGACUGCACAGCUUUACAGAAUCUAGUCACUAUCAAUGCUUACUUUUACAUUAGUUGUAUCAUAAGACAAAUGAUAUACAUAUGUAUAUAUGUAGCAGCCAUAAAAUAUCUGAGUCCCAUUAUGGGAUUCGAACUAUGGACCUUCUGAUCAGAGGUCGGAUGCCUUGUCCACAUGACCAAAGAGGUUAACCCUGUCAGCAGGCUGACAAGGUAAGGAUAUCAUCUUGUUGGAUGACUCCACGUCCUGCUACAUAUAUAUAUAUAUAUAUAUAUAUAUAUAUAUAUACAUACAUAUAUAUAAAUCUCAAUGUGGGCAUUGUGCAAAUCUCAAAUAUUUAUUUCUUGUGUAUCACAAAUGUAUAAUUUCACAACAUUUGAGAUCAAAUAAUUAUCUUUUAUGAUACUUUCAUUGUAAUUUGUAUUGUAUGAAGACAUCUGUAUAGCAGUAUGCAGCAUAUCACACCCCUGUGUAGAAAACACAAAGCUGUAACAUUGUGGUCUAUUGUCCCUUUCUAACAUUGUUGCUAGAUGGCCUGUCUUAGAGAAUAAUUACCAGCAUGUUCAGUGAGGACCACUCAACUAGAAACAUUGUUCCUGAACAUCAAGAUCAGUUCACAUGAACGAUUAUCUGUGUUGUAUGGUUGCAGGUUGGCCUGUAUUCAUGGCAUUACUGAACAUGCCAGCCUUUUUGAGAGUGAUAUGUACUCCAGUAGGACAUUGGGCUGUUUCUUGGAUAUCACAUCAGUUCCAAGGAAAGAUUAUAUGGUGAUGGACGUGAUAGGUCAAGUUUCAUGGUGCUUUUGUUGAAGUCAUUUGUCCUGUUUUUACUUUGUACAUAAUUUGUUUUGUGUUGUUAGAGAGUUGAAAUUACAGAGCGUAUUAUAACACUAUUUAAUCAGAAAGUGUGUAAAAACAUCACUGAAACAGUACAUGUGCCAUAUAACAUGUAUGUAUUCCUGUCUUUAGGAAAAUGAUUUGUUAUAUAUUUUUAGAGAUUUUCUUUAGUUUUACCCCCCAAAAUGUUUUGAUGAAAUUCAAGGUUUUAAGUUGCCAGAUUCCAUUUUAUUUAUGGUUAAAUUAAUCCAUGAAAAUAAUUCUGACAUUUUUGUUAGAUAUACUUUUAUUAAUAAUUGUGUGCUUGAUGUUUUAGUUCAGAUAGGAUAGAUUUUUACACUGAGGCCAAAGUCAAAUGUGUUCAGUCAAUUAAGUCAGAUUUUUAUGCCUGUUUCCUAUUGAAAUUGUUGUUAUCUAGUUCACCUCAAUCUAGUCAGUUUGAAUGAAAUAGUAUCAAUUUACUAUGUCUUUUGUUGGAAUAUGAUGUGCAAUGGAAAAUGAAAAUGAACGUUGAAAGUUUUCACAUCCACUUCAGUUUGUUUGAGGACACUGUCCCUUUUGGCAUCCAUACACAACCUGGGUCGGAGAAAACAGUUCCACAAACGAUCUUGGAGCUACAACUGUCAUGACACUCUUUUAGCUGAUGGGGUAGCUAAGGGGUUAAAAGUGUGGCUUUAAUUGUUACGCCACUUAGGUUUGUUUCCCCACAUGGAUACAUUGUGUUAAGCUGCCAUGCGUUAGCUGAAAUACUGUAUAAAGCCCACUCACUUACUCAUACUUCAGUACAGAGUGAGAUAUCUGUAGCUGUAAGAUUGUGGACCAAGACUCAGUGCCCCAUUCAACAAAGCAAUCUUGGUACUACUACUGUUUUCUAACAUAGAUUUAGGAUGGUCAUAGUCCUAAGAUUGUUUUGCAGAACAAGACCGAGGUCAAUUAAAGGUUGUGGUUGACUUUCAGUAACACACUGGUUACUGUGCUUCAAUAUUGCUAUAUACAAGACCUGUAUGAAAGCCUUUUAGGGCCAUUUGUUUUUUUAUUGAAGUUUCUAUGGUACAUAUGUUAAAAUUUCAAGUUAAAAUCUGAAACUUUCAACAUAUCUUGAAAUGCCAAGAUCAUUAUCUUGAAAUUUCAACUUAGCAUCUUGAAUUACAACAUAGCGUCUUGAAAAAUUCAUCUUACAUAUGUUAAAAUCUUAAAAUUUCAACUUAUCAUCUUGAAAUUUCACAAUCAUUAUCUUGAAAUUUCAACUUAGUAUCCUGAAAUUUCAACAUUGCUAAAAAUAGAAGAACAAAUGGUCCUUACAGGCUGCCGUAAGACAUGUGUCAAUUUCAGAAGUUUCAGAUCACAUGUGUAUAAUAUUUUUAUUUUAACCCUGACAAGCAAGCCUUUGUAGGUGAUAUUAACCUCACGCCUGUGGCGAAGUCAACAGCAGGCAUAACCUCACACCUAUGUCAAAGUCAACAGCAGGUAUAACCUCACACCUAAGCUGAAGUCAACAGCAGGCAUAACCUCACACCUAGGUCGAAGUCAACAGCAGGCAUAACCUCACACCUAGGUCGAAGUCAACAGCAGUCAUAACCUCACACCUAGGUCGAAGUCAACAGCAGGCAUAACCUCACACCUAGGUCGAAGUCAACAGCAGUCAUAACCUCACACCUAGGUCGAAGUCAACAGCAGUCAUAACCUCACACCUAGGUCGAAGUCAACAGCAGGCAUAACCUCACACCUAGGUCGAAGUCAUCAGCAGUCAUAACCUCACACCUAGGUCGAAGUCAACAGCAGGCAUAACCUCACACCUAGGUCGAAGUCAACAGCAGUCAUAACCUCCCCUAGGUUGAAGUCAACAGCAGUCAUAACCUCACACCUAGGUCGAAGUCAACAGCAGUCUAGUCUUCAUUUCUUAUUUACUGUGUUAUGAUGAGGGAUUCAAGGACACCUCCAUGUGUCCCUAUAAUGAAAGGAUUGUAUAGUAUUGAACUUACAGAAGAUAUGAUGUUAUGAUGAGAGAGACUUGCCAUUUUUAAUAGAUUGUUAAGUGAAAGAGAAAUCAAAAAUGGUUUCGUGUGAAUGAAAUAUCAUUUUAAUCAUCUAUGCACGAUGGGAACUAGCAUUUUAUACACAUUGUUAAAGAAGUGGAACCAGAUGGAUUAGUUCCAAAAUAGAUAUAUUUUUAGAAUGUGAUGACUUAUAGUGUAUUAAUCAUGUUUAUACAUUUCUUAUAUUAUAUGUGUCCUUAGUUUAAUUAUAAAAGACUGAUGAUUCAUUGUCAUGUGUAAAUAUACUUAAGUGUUGUUUUUGUGCAUGUUGUGUUGUAAAUAAUAACAAUGUGUUAACAGUACAGUAGAACCUUGGUAAUCAGGAUGCUUUGGGUUACAGGGGAGAGAACUUCCCCCUGAAUCCAAUACAAGGCACAAGUGUUGACUAAAGAAGCCGUACUCAGGUCUGCAGGAUGUGUGGUUCCUAAGCACAUGACACAAGGCAUGCUGUCCUGAAAAAGUCUCCAGUUUGUUGCAGACAGCUUUCCUUAAACACUGCUUGACUCCAAUUGUUUGUUGCUCGUCACGCCGAGGACCCGGGUUCGAUUCCCGAAAUGGGUACAAUGUGUGAAGCCCAUUUCUGGUGUCCUCCGCCGUGAUAUUGCUGGAAUAUUGCUAAAAGCGGCGUAAAACCAAACUCACUCACUCACCAAUUGUUUGUUAGGCUAAAAAAAAAUAGUCUUGAUUCACAGACACAAUGGGGGGGCAGUGGUGAAAAUGUCAAUGAGUGUACAUGGGAAACCACCGUUGAAUAUGAAGUCUCGGUUGUAGCCAUCAACUGCUUCAUUGCGAACAGAGAUGUGGGAAUUGAUUGUCACACUAUCAACCACCGGUUUCUCUGUUCCUGAAAUGACUCUGAUAUGGCCAGUCAUCAUGCCCAAGAUCCAGACUAACGAGGAUCCACAGUACUUUAACAACAUGACAUGAAUUCCUCCACAAUUCACAAAUGUUUUAAGUGCAGUUAGUAGUAAGUUAGCUCUGUUUUCACGGUGAGUGUUGUUUUAUGUUGAACAUAUGUUUUGGGAUAACUAUUGGCCAGUUGUCCUGACCUAGUGCCAAACAGGUGCUUGAUGUUGGUUGUCUUGUUAUGGAAUACAUGGAAGUCAGAUGCAGUCCUUUAACUGGUCUUUGUUGACAAACCAUUAACAUUUUCUUAUGUGUUCUCAGAUGUAUUUGUAUUUCAUUUAAAGGAGAAAUAGAAUUUGCAUAAAAGAUAUCAUUUUGAAUUUUUUGGAGACUAUUUUCAAAUUUCUUGGAGGAUUUAUGGUAUUGAUGAUUAAUUUAUUUAAGGCACAGAUAUGUUCUUUUAUCUUCAGUUGUUUGAUAUAUGUAUGAAGGUGAUAUCAGUUUCCCUUGUGCAAUGAUAAAAAAAAGGGGAAAAGAAGAGUAGUUUUACUCUCCUUUGUUUCUUGUUACUCUCAGAUAUGUUAUUUCAGAAAGAACGAUAUUAUUUCAUCUCAUAAUCAAAAGUGCACUGGUGUGAAUUGUCGUUAUGGUAGUUGAUUUAGAAUUUGGAAUCAGUAUUUAUGUAAAUCUGUGAAGAUGAUACAUCGAAUUGGUAAGAAAACGCCACUGUAUAUAUGGUGUGUUACUUUCUCCUCACCUUCAACACCGUCUCUUUAUGUACAUAAUUUCUUUGCACUCCGCAGACCAAUACACUUCUUUCUAACAAUGAGUAGUGCCAAUGAAAAAUAUUUAGAGUAUAACUUAUGCACAAGGAGGAACUACGGAUUAUCAGUCCCAAGUAAAUUACAGUCAUGUCCCGUUAAUCCGACAUGGUUGGUUGCAUAUGAUUAUGUCGGAUUAACAAGUAUGUUGGAAAAACGAAUUUAAGUAGUAUCAAUGUUCGUGGUCGAAAAUCGGAUAACUACAUGAUAGUUACAAACACGUCAUAAAAAAAUGAAAAAUGAAAUAUUCAAAUUGUUAUGUUACAUUGUUAGCUGAAUAUGUUUUCUAAUCAUGCAACAUCUAAAGCUUAACACAAAAUAACUGUUAUUGACUGUGUGACUUAUUCAAAAUACUUUAAAAAGCAUAGUCUGGAAUGGAAGUCGCAGAUGACCACGGAGUAUGCUGAUCACUGUGUCGGAUUAACGAGACUGAUUAAUGAGUGAUUUCGGUAAUUUGUUGCAAAUUAGGGGUGUCGGAGAUUACUUACACUGAUUUAAUCGGUUUCUAUCAUUUGUGUCGGAUAAAGCAGAUUGUCGGAUUCACGAGUGUCAGAUUAACGAGACUUGACUGUAAUUUUGUUUGACAACUUUCAACACUAAUUCUGGAGGGACAGAUACUUCCUCAUUGCUUGUAAGUUAUUCUAUGUUUUAUCCAUAUUCCUUCUUCUGUGAAAGUAUAGAAAAAUAUGGGUUUCCUGAUCUCAAAAUUGAGACAUCAGCUCAGUAACUCCGUUGUUGGAACAUCACAUAAAAUUGUCAUGAACAAUGAAUGAUUUUAUGAUUAAUUAUAUGGGUCAGUCCAUUAUGAUCCUCUUCAUAAACGUUUAUAUCUCCAUAAACACAAAAUACAUUGAAGUCAAUUCUUAUUAACAAAUAUGUCCACAAUAAUACCUUCAGAGAGUUCCUAAUUAAAUCAUUAACACACAAAAAUUGAAAUAGGUGGCAUUAUUCAGCGCAAUAAUGCAGUGCAAUAAUGCAACACAAUAAUGCAACACAAGCCCUACCCAGUUUAUUAUCAGGAUAUAUUAAUUUUACCUUAUCUUUCAGAGUGAUAUAUUGAUAGAAAAUGCCAAUUCAGUAACCAAUCAGAAAUGAGUAUCUAAAUGCAAGGUAUGAUCAAAUUAUUGACACCACUAGGGUGUGUUAUAACAUCCAAUGUUUCAGCAGGUUUUUCUUGGUAACUACCCUGUAUAUGCAUGUGCAGAGGUUAGACAUUUGGAUUUAGAUGAAAGAGGAGUAAGCCUUAUUCCAGGGUUUCCCAACACGGUGUUUGUUGCUUACAUCUCAUGCUUUGAAAUCCAUACUACUUCAAAAUGCCUCUCAAAGACGUUUUGAGAGGAUGCUAAUGUGUACAGAGCAACUGUAGUAAUGAUAGAGACUUCUGUAUUCCUUCAAUAUGAUGUUUGGUGCAGUUGCUAAAUGAUAAUGAAAGUAUGUCCUGAAUAUUAUAAGAUUGUCCAUUUGAUAAAGAGAUUAUUACCCACCCUCAUUUCUUAAAUAUCUGAAAUUAGGAAUAUAAGUAUUAUACUUGCCAUAGGUUUGUUUAUAUUAUUUUUCUUCAUGAUAUGUGAUAUUUGUGAUAUUAAAUUCACAGCAACUACUGUCCUACUGUCAGCAAUCAAAUGACACGUAGUUUAUUCGCUUAAUCGCUGGGGGGAGGCACUAAAACCAUUCACAAUCAAGAUGGUUUGAUUGGAGAGAGUAGUGAAAAACCUUCUUUCAAAUGUCAGUAAUACUAAAGCUUUUAAAUAAUAGUUACUUGGCAAUUGUAUACCCGUUCUGCGCUGCUGUUUUCUGUAAGCAAAUAUGCAGUAUGCACAAGCAAAUAGGAACUAAUGUAAAUUUCCGCCCUUAGUAGGGGUGCUUACACAUGGUUCGUACAGGCUUGAAAAGGCCUUGAUCUUUAGUGUCAGCCUUGAAAAUUGCCAAAAUAGUUUGAAAAGCCUUGAAUUUGUACAAAAUACAUACUUGUUUUUAAAGUAUAAAAAUAUAUGAAUUAUUUUAUUUUAUUUGGUUUUGAAUGUUUAUUUGUGAUGUUGUUACUGCUUAGGUCUUAUAUUGAAAGACUAAGGCUAAUAACCCAAAUAAGAAAGCCUUGAAAAUGACAGUUGAAAAGGCCUUGAAUUUUAGUGUCUCAUAUCUGUAUGAACCUUGUUAUAAACAUUACUUACGAAAUUGUCUGGAAGUUGGUCCGGGGGUACUUAAUGGAGCAGGCAGCUUAAUACAAUACAACAUUGACUGUAGUUUAUGUGCUUUGUGGACAUUCUGUAUAAAAUGUUUUGAUAGCCUGUGGUGUGGGACAGUGUCAAACAUGUAUGGAUAAGUUAUUGCAGAGCAAGGCAUUCCUAAUUGGUCAUUGCUCAAAUACAUGUUCACAUUGUGGAGAAUGGUUCAAAUUACUUGUGAUCUGUAAAACACUUGAAACACGCACAGCAUAUGCAGGUGUGAUGACAAGGUAUGAUUAGGGCCCUUUUUGGCCCCCAGUAUGUGCAUGAUUUGGGAAAAGCCCAACAAUUUAGAAAUUGUUAUGAAAGUUAUCAGAUGUCUUCACAUUAAUGAGAACUAGCAUUUGUUUAUUUCACCACAUGCAUGUUUUUGACUUGCAUUCAGGACAAACAUGGCAAGAAAAUAAAGACCUUUGGGUCAUGGACUUGCUCAUUGUAAGAUGUUCUCUUAGAAGUUGAAAACAUGGUCAUUUUGGGGCUGCUUUAGCCAGUUUUGUGCACUUGAAAAUGCCAGAAGUAAAAAAGAUGUAUAUGUAAAAAAA